CAUUUCCUUAAAAAAUGCCGAGGGAGGCAAACAUGAACAGCAAAGCCUCUGUCUCUAAGGAGCUUAAUGCCAGGCACACCAAGAUAUUAGAGGGCCUUCUUAAGCUGCAGGAGAACAGAGAAUGCGCUGACUGUCAUAGCAAGGCACCGCGAUGGGCAAGUGUGAACCUUGGAAUAUUUAUAUGCAUGCAAUGUUCAGGAACUCAUCGGGGUCUUGGGGUGCAUAUUUCACAGGUACGGUCUACCACACUGGAUACAUGGUUGCCAGAGCAGGUUGCUUUCAUGCAAUCCGUGGGUAACAGGAGAUCCAAUAGUUUCUGGGAAGCAGAACUGCCUCCAAAUUUUGACAGAAGUGGGAUUGACAGAUUUAUCCAUGCUAAGUAUGGGGAGAAAAGAUGGGUUUCAAGAAAUUCAAAGAAACCAACUCAAGUUUUAAGUCGAAUUAACUAUAAUAACAACAUGUUGAUAGAAGGUGCAGCCAGUAGGGUUGUUCCGAGGCAAACACGGCCACAGUCUCUUGACGAAGAGAGUUUUACCAGGAUCACAGCACAACUUUCUCCUCCAAUUACAAGACCUCGUUGGGCUUCGUUGGACAUGAAGAGCAAUCCAAUUGCUUUUCCUACACCAAAUGGACUAACUGAGAGCAUAAAGAGGACCGAUGGUCCUACAGAUCUCUACAGCUUGCUUUAUGUCGAUGAUACGCAGCAAAAUACCUCUUCCAUGGCACCUCCUUCGAGCUGGGCAACUUUUGAUUGAAACGAUGUGCUGUUCAAGCAGAUGGAGCUACUUCACAGCUGGUCACGUCGGACCAUGGCAUCGAUUACCAACUAGCCAUUAAAGUAUAGAUCACAAGUUUAUGGACUGAAGUGAACAGUUUAUAUGUCAUCAACAAGGUUUGCUCUCUCAUAUUUUGCCAAAUUUGGCACACCCAUUUUGCUCUAGGAGGUGCCAUAAGAUUCAAAGAACAUUCUCUGUCAAGGGCAGUGGUUUCUUAUCUCUGUAUGUAGAAAAAUCAUUUCCUAGAUAAACAUCACUUAUCUGCUUGUGGCUUUGCAAACGUUUGACAUCCUUUUCUGUAUGCCAUACAGUAUGAAAGCAAGGGAUAGUGUAUCAUUUCUUGUAAAUUGUGAUAUUCAGUUAAAGUCGU